AUGUUUACCACCAAGACCUUCACCACCCUCCUCUUCGCCGCCGGCGUCAUCUCCGCCGCACCCACCUCCACCUCCACCUCGCACCCCUCGCGCACCGUCUCCCUGACAGGCGUGACCCACUCCGUCGUUGCCGGUCUAGCAGGCCUGCGCUUCGACCCCGAGAAUGUGGUAGCCUCCGCGGGCGACAUAAUUGAAUGGCACUUCCUUCCCAAAAACCACAGCAUCGCUCAAUCCUCCUUCGCCGAGCCCUGCCAGCCCCUCGCCAACUCUCCCUCCACCUCCUUUUUCUCCGGCUUCAACUUCGCCACCUCCGAGGGCCAAGCUCCGGAUGUGUUCCAGAUCGUGGUGGAGGACGCCUCGAAGCCCAUCUGGUACUACUGCGCCCAGCAGACGGGGGCCCAUUGCCAGAAUGGCAUGGUGGGUGUGAUUAACCAGAACUUCGAAAGUGCGGAAGCUACACUGGCGAAGCACAAGGAGUUGGCGGCUAAGACGGGGACGUCGGUCAUUCCUCCAGCUGUGCAGGGUGGUGAGGUUAUUGAGAACCCUAACCCUCUUGGUGGAUUUAAGCUAUGA